CUGGAGAAGAGCAUAAGGGCUAGCUUUCUGUGGGAGAUACAGCAAAAUAAUGCGCGUGUUAUUGUUGGUAGUCCUUGCAACAGCAUGCGCCCCAUCCAUGGCGGCCAGGAAACUCGGACGGCCUGGAAAAUGCCGCGAGCCUAAUGAUAUCGGAAAGCUGAAAGCCGAUUGUGGGAAAGCGGAAGACCUAUGGUAUUUUAGCAGGAACUCAACGAAGUGCAAGCCGAUUAAAUAUGGUGGCUGCGGCAGAAAAAUGCAUACGUUUGCAUCGGAAGAAAGCUGCAACAGAACGUGUGCAAAUGGUGAGAAAAAGAAACCAAAAGUGAACCCCGUAUGUUUCCAGUCACCUCAUCGACGACUAUGCAAGGCUGCCUUUACUAGGUACUUUUUUGACGGGGGACGCUGCACGUCAGUCACUGGCUGCUACUAUGGUGGUUUUAAUAGCAUGCUUGAGUGCCGAAAGAAAUGUGGGGCCCUGUCCAGGCCUUCUAAACCUUAUAGACCAAGCUCGGGAAUUCGCCCUAGGCUUGACGUCUAAAGAGGAAGAGUGCCACAUGCAUUGACUGUCGACAGUAAUAAAUCGUAAUAAAUGGACAUAUAUCUUGUUGCAGCA